AUUCUCAAUCUGUUAUUGAAUAUUGAAAUUGAAAAACCCCCUGUUUUGUUUUUGUUUUUGUUUUGCUUUCCUUUUUACGGUUUUAAUUAUUGUGCCAAAUAAUUUCCACUUUUGAUUUCACGCGGAAACGUGUCAUAAUCAAGAAUUCAAGAUACUCCUUUUAAAAGCAAAGCAUCUACAAAUACUUACAAUACCAAAAACUUUAUUCAUUCUUCUCCUUCUACACAUUUCUAGUCUGAUUACUCUUAAAUAUUCAUCACAAUAGCUACCCAAAACAAGAAAAACAAGAAUUAAAAUGGGAGGAGCAAAACGAUUUGGGGUUGCAGUUGACUUCUCAAAUAGCAGUAAAUGUGCUCUUCAAUGGGCUAUUGAUAAUUUGGCUGAUAAGGGUGAUACUCUCUACAUCAUCCAUGUUAAACCCCCUUCUCACGAUGAAUCUCGUUUCCUUCUUUGGGCUGAAUCUGGUUCUCCGCUUAUUCCAUUGGUGGAGUUCAGAGAUCCUGAGGUUAUGAAAAAGUACGACGUUAAAACUGAUAUUGAUGUUCUUGAUAUGUGUGAUACAGCUGCUCGACAAAAAGAGAUAAAUAUAGUGGCAAAAAUAUACUGGGGAGAUGCAAGGGAGAAGUUGAUGGAAGCAAUUGAAGAUCUGAAACUGGAUUCUUUGGUUAUGGGAAGUAGGGGACUCUGUGGCCUUAAAAGGAUUAUAAUGGGGAGUGUGGCAAAUUAUGUUAUGACCAAUGCUAACGUCCCAGUAACCAUUGUCAAAGAAGCAGGAGUUAAAGUCUAAUUUGAGAUUUGGUCAUAGUUAUACUAUUUAUCAACUUUCACCCAAUAAUUACAAACUACUUGAAGACUGAUGUUGAAGACUAUAUGUUUUAGUGAUACUCUAUAUUUAAUGUUUGUGUGGUUCUCAGCUAAGUUUCCCUAUUGUUUUAAACGGAAGUGCCUAUUAUUACGCACAUGUAAUCUAAGUUGUCUUUUAUUAAAGAAAGAGAAGAGCAUAUGUCGCUUUAUAUAUACUUGAGGAGUAACUCAACUACUGCCAAUCUGUUUAAGUAGUGAAAUUGAUUAGGGCUUGUAAAUACGUAAAUGUUUCUCCUCCUUGUUUGUGUCGCCCUGAUUCAUUUUCUAAAAAAAUUAUUACCCACAUAUGAAUUAUCUCGCAUUGGACAUGGAGAAGAGGAUAUAUCAUUUAUAUA